UUUGUCCUGUUUUUCUAACUUAUGUACCUCGAGAUGAACGGUGCGAACGAUUCAUGUGUCUGUGUUAAAGACAUUAAGCCUGGACUGAAAAAUUUAAAUGUCGUCUUUAUUCUGGAAAUUGGUCGUGUUACUAAAACAAAAGAUGGACAUGAAGUGAGAGCGUGCAAAGUGGCAGACAAGACCGGCAGUAUCACGAUCUCGGUUUGGGACGAAAUGGGAAGUUUAAUACAGCCAGGGGACAUCAUCCGUUUGACAAAGGGGUAUGUUUCUAUGUGGAAAGGCUGCUUAACACUUUAUACAGGAAGGGGAGGUGAUCUUCAGAAAAUUGGGGAGUUCUGUAUGGUAUUUUCUGAAGUGCCAAACUUUAGUGAACCCAGCCCCGAGUUGAUCAACCAGUGUGUCCAGCAAAACAAAGUUCCACAGGGUGAACAGAGAAGCAACUCUCCUCCAGCAGGUACAGUUCCUCAGACUGGUAAUGGAAAUGGUACACAGAACACUGGAAAUAAUGGACCUCCUAACAAUCAUUCCCAACAAGAGAACUCUUACUCUGAUCUUACAAGAGUAAAUGGCCGUGGUCCACUAAAUCGUGUUAAACCAGGGCCAAAUGUUACAAACCCCUCACAGCAGUCUGUGGCAACAAUUAACAAUGGCAGGGAUCCACGACGAGUAUCCAGAAGAUGACCUUCACCCUUGACCACCUUUAUGAAACUACAAGCCUACUUGAAUAUAAUUGCACUUUUAAUUUAUAACAGACUGAAAGUUGACUGAAAGCAUUUUUAUGUGGGUAUUUUCUUGCAGCUGGGUGGUUGCAAUUGCAUUUGUUAAGUUCUUUCAUUUGACAGCUCAGUUUUCUCGUAGCAGAGUUGCUACUGCAGGAGUCCAGUUAAGCGGUUGAUCAGAGAUAAUAAAGAAAAAAGGAAACUAAAAAAAA